AUGUGUCUAUUUGUCGAAACCCACUACUCCAAUUGCAAGCAUACGUGCUUCGAGCUCUACCUCUUCUGCCGCGAGAUCCUCCGCCAGCUAAACCGUAUCAACGAUCCAGACCAGCUCAGAGACUACGCUUUGCCAUUUGACCCCGAUUGUCCUACCUGCCAGCCAUACACAGUCAUAAGUGGUUCGAUCGCAGAGAGCAAUUAUCCACAACAACACUUUCACAAUCAUGACCAGGGUCAGCAUGGCCCUCAAAUGGUUAUGCCUGGUCCUCAGGAUCAAUUCUCCAGUGGAUUGUCUAUGCAGUAUCCACAUGCUCAGGGCCAGCCACCGUUCAGCCAGCAACCUGCUGCUCAACCAUCAAUCCCUGGCUUGACAUACAUCCAGGGUUCAGCACCCGCUAGUACCAUGAGACAAACCACCCUUCGUCCGGAUGUGAAUUAUCUGAGUGCAAUUUCGGAGAGUAAUAUCGUGCACCAGAUGAUGGAUUUGGUGGAGAGCUGUCCUGAUUGUACUACAAAGGCCCUGUGA